AUUCAGUGUACUAAUGGCAUUCUAACAUUUUUUUCUUCUGAAUAACAAACUAAACUGCACACAGUAGUAUAAACACUUUUCAUUUUGUCGAUAGCACAAAAAUGCAUUACCGUUUUGUGUGCAUACCCACUGAUUGAUUCAUUUUUUUUCGUUUUCAGCAAAUUAGAAUAUUUUUGCAUUAGUGUCUAUGUAUAAAAAGCAUGUAUAAUUUAUGUAAAACUGACUCAGAACUGUUACAAUGAAGGAGUAUCAAGUCACUAUACUUAGCAGUGAAAUGUCUGAAGAUGUGGAAUCCUAUGCAUGUCGGGCAGCCUCUGAAGCUCUUAGUAUGGAAACAAGCUUCAGUGGAAUUGCUGGUUUCAUUAAAAAAGCUUUCGAUAAAAAAUAUAAAAAUACCUGGCAUUGUAUAGUUGGUACAAAUUACUGUGGGGCAUUCUCACAUGAAACUGGAUCAUUCAUUCAUUUCAUUCUGGAUGAUCUCACAUUUUUAUUGUAUCGAUCAAUUUAAUUGAAACUGCAAUUAGUCUUGCUUACCUAUAGUAUGUAUAAUGCUAAUUUAUACCUUUAAAAGUAUUCCAAAAUUGUACAAGUUACUAAUAAAAGAUUAUUUUCAUUCGUAGCUUUCUUAAACUUGUUUUCUUCUUUCUGAAGUGUAUUUAUAAGGAAAAUGCUGC